AUGGCGGUUGAGCGGAUUAGGCGAUUUAUGGAGAGAACGUUCUCCUCUCUGCGGAUAAGGAAGAUCCAGUCCUGCAGUUUCGCAGGGGAGGGCCAGAGGGGUGGAGGUGGGUGCGAGAGCCCACAGUGGCAUGUGACCUUUGCUGGGAGCGCCGAGGGAGGCGGGGCGCGGGAAAGCCCGAGGCCUCCCAGGAGGCUGCGGAGCCGGGGCUGGGUCGGGCCCGGGAGCGCCGGGUUGGGUGGCGGAGGAGGUGGAGCAAAGGCAGCGCUCAGAAAAAGGGCGCCGGCCACCGGAGAGUCACCAGUCACCAGCAUAGCCCGCGGGCCGCGCGCGAGGUGCAGGGCACGGGCGGGGAUCUCGCUGCGGGAGGGCCUCGAGGUGAGGGCCAGGAGGCGGCCAGAUUGCCUGGGGUCCGGGACAGUUGUCGCGCUCGGAUCUCCAACACCGCCGACCUCUUCUGAGUGGUUGCGCCGAGCCAUGGAGGGCACAGACCUGGUCGGGAAGAUCGUGUCCACCUGGCUGACGCUGGUGCUCAGCCUCAUCCUGCUGCCUUCGGCCUUCGGAGUGUCCCUGGGCAUCUCUGAGAUCUACAUGAAGAUCCUGGUGAAAACUUUGGAGUGGGCCACAAUACGAAUUGAAAAAGGAGCCCCAAAGGAGUCGGUUCUUAAAAAUUCAGCUUCUGUUGGUGAGUCUUCUUUUUCACUAUGAUUGCUAAAAUAAAUGUCCAUGAAAUGUGCAGAGAGCAGUGCUUUCUAUAGGCCUUGGAUCAUUCAUACCUCUGUCCUUAAUGCAAAAUAGUAUCCACCUGAGUUUUGAUUCACUUUUUAUCAUAAAGGUAGUGAUAUGCUUUAGUUUUUGUAUAUGUUCUUACAGGUAUCACUUUACUUUCUAAGUGCAUGCAUUUGAAGAUGGCUGCCCAUGGUUUUAGAAGAUGUAGUUAAUAGUUAAGGCAGGGGGACUGUAUCAGUCAGCUUUUCAUCACUCUGACAAAAUACUUGGGGCAGGCUACUCAUGAACAAAAGAGGUUUACUUAACUCACAUUUAUGGAGAUUUAAGGGUGUGGUGGCAGCAUCAGCUCAGUCCUAGUGAGGGAACUCAUGGUGGAUGGUGUAGUUUGUGCAGGUGGUGAGACAGAAAGCAGACAGAGUGUGUGUCAGGGGUCAGCUCAUACCUGCAAGAAUUACCACAGGGUUGCAGGAGAAUUAACUUAAUCUCUUCCAAGGGCAGCACCCUUAUGACCCAGUACCUCUCUGUAGGACCCAGCUCUUAAAGAUCCACAGUGCCUUAGCACUACCACACUGAAGACCAGACCUCCAACACAUGCGCCUUUGGGGACUUGUUUACACCACAUCCAAACCGUAGCAGGGCUAACUGAAGUGCCUGGGAGUUACAACCUAUAACUGAGGUUUUAUUAGCGCCCAUAAAGUAUGGUCCUUAAAAUAUGCUUUACUGCUGAAGACUAAUUGGUAAUACUGUACAUGACAUGAAAUAAUAAUAAAAAAAAGACAUUCAGCUGGGAGUGUAACUCAGUAGUAGAAUGCAUAUACAUGAGGCCCUGGGUUUAAUCCCUAGCACCAGAAAUUCCAAACAACAACAAUAAAAGUACUCUCGUGAAAUAAGCUUGAGAAUCAUAGUAUACUGUUCCUUCCUAUUGGAAAGUACUGUUGCAUGGUGACAAAGGCUCAGAAAAGUCCUGUUGAAGAAACACUUUAAAUUUUAUUUAAUGUUUGCGUUUGCCCAUGGUAUCUAUUGUUUUCGCAUAUGACACAUGUUAGCUUCUUGUAGAAGUGAACUGACCAAUCAUCUGAGCUAACCAGUUCCUGUCUUUGCUUUUGUCCAAAGGGACUCUUUCACUUGGGUGAGAAUUUUAAGAAUUAUUUAAGAGUGGGUUCUCAGAGAAGUAGAAUUCUGUAAGCGUAGUGGCUAAGUAAUCCCUAGAUUUAAUUAAAAGGCAAAGUCUUUCUAUGUUUUUCAAAACUGUAGAAAAUUUUAGAAGUAAAAAUGGCCAAACUGUAAGGUACUUCUGCUGAAUUGUCUAAAAGGAAUUGUAGAAGUUGUUUGCUCUGUUUUGGAAUAACAAAGCAUUUGAUUGCAAACAUUUGAGCAUUUUGUAUAAGGAUCGUUAUUUUCAAAUGACCGAGUCAGCUAGUGGACCUUUGUGUACACUUAAACCAACAUGGAUAUUGCUAGUUACUUGUGAUCUUUUAAUUGCCAGAUACCUUCUCUUGGAUAUAUCAGAUCUACUAAGUUUUAU